AUGCCCGAACAAAAGUCUGCAUUCGACACGCCUUGGUUUAACUCGCAGCCCAAUGAUUUCUUCAACUCACUGAACAAGACAAAAAUCCCGCAUCUCAUCUUGACGGCGGAAACCGAGGACUUUGACCCGGAAGUGACGAAGCAAUGGCGAGAAGAAGGGUUUGAUACCGUCUACGUCCCUCUGAUGGACGGUGGUGACCAGUAUUUGAAGCGAGUUCAUAGCGCGGGAGAUAACUUCGGGGCGGGAGAGUACUACGGCAUCGUAGCCUACGGAGACGCAGGGAACGUGAUUCUGGAGAACCACCGCUCACCGAACACUCCUAAACUCUGUGCUAUCGUGGCUUACUACCCUUCAGCCAUCCCAUCUGUCAACACCAAGUUCCCGGCCAGCGUCAAAGUGCUCGUACAUCUCGCCGGAGGCGAAGUUGGCGUACGGCAGACUUCCCAGGCUCUCGGGAUCCAAGGAAAGCGGAAAACGAUCCGGAAACGAAUCGAUGCGGGCGAGGGUUACGGCCAGAGUCUGAAGCUUGGAUAUCAAGCCUAUACAUAUGCCUCCUCGGAGCCUGGUUUCGCGGAGUCUGACCUUGAAGAGUACGAUCCAGUCGCAGAAGCAGUAGCAUUCACACGCUCUCUGGCUACGCUGCACAAAGGCUUCCGCCUCGAGCCCAAUAUAGAAGCUACCAGGGACGAGCUGGUCGACUCAACCAAGGCCGGCAUCGCAGAGAAGACGUCUAAGAAGAUAAGCCCUUUUGCGCACGUCAUCAAUGGGCCAACAUUGACGGGGGGCAUUGGUUCAAAGGACAUUGGCUACUUCUACAGGAGUUUCUUCUUCCCGCUACCACCGUCGUUCUCUUCGCAACUUCUUAGCAGGACUAUUGGCACCGAUCGGGUUGUGGAUGAGCUGUUUGUUUCGUUCACGCAUGGCCAGGAUAUACCUUGGAUGCUGCCGGACAUACCUCCAACGAACAGGAAGGUUGAGGUCGUGGUGGUUAGUAUCAUGUGUGCGAGGGGCAACUCACUGGAGAGCGAGCACAUAUACUGGGAUCAAGCCAGUGUCCUUGCGCAGGUCGGAUUGAUAGAUCUGAAAAUGUUACCGGAGACUAUGAAGAAGCAGGGCGUGAAGAGCUUGCCGAUAGUUGGCGCAGAAGCAGCGCGAGCGAUGAAGCGAGGUAGCAGUGGUCAGAUGAAUGCUCUGGUACACGACUGGUAG